UGAACCCGGAACUUCCGGGCCGGGUUUCCUGGUGCCAACUAGUACGUUUAGACAGAUGCUGGCGGAAACCGGGGUCAUGGCGGCGCCGGGCCCAGUGCUCUGCCUCUUUGACGUGGAUGGGACCCUGACAGCCCCGCGACAGAAGAUUACCAAAGAAAUGGAUGGAUUUCUGCAAAAAUUGAGGAAGAAGAUCAAAAUUGGAGUGGUAGGCGGGUCAGACUUUGAGAAAGUACAGGAGCAGCUGGGAAAUGAUGUGGUUGAAAAAUAUGAUUACGUGUUUCCAGAAAAUGGUUUGGUAGCAUUCAAAGAUGGGAAGCUCUUGUGUAAACAGAAUAUUCAAGGUCACCUGGGUGAGGCUCUAAUCCAGGAUUUAAUCAACUACUGUCUGAGCUACAUUGCAAAAAUUAAACUCCCAAAGAAGAGGGGUACUUUCAUUGAAUUCCGCAAUGGGAUGUUAAACGUGUCCCCUAUUGGAAGGAGCUGCAGCCAGGAGGAACGCAUUGAGUUCUAUGAACUUGAUAAAAAAGAAAAUAUAAGACAAAAAUUUGUAGCUGAUCUACGGAAAGAGUUUGCAGGAAAAGGCCUUACAUUUUCCAUAGGAGGCCAGAUCAGCUUUGAUGUCUUUCCUGAUGGAUGGGACAAGAGAUAUUGCCUGACACAUGUGGAAAAGGAAGGUUUUAAGACCAUUUAUUUCUUUGGAGACAAAACCCUGCCAGGUGGCAAUGACCACGAGAUCUUCACAGACCCAAGAACCGUGGGCUACACUGUGACGGUGCCAGAGGAUACACGCAGAAUAUGUGAGGAGCUCUUCUUCUGAUGGGGCAAGGGGGAUCCUGGUUACUUGUUGGCUGAAGCUGAGGGCCCUCCCACAUGCUCACACCCGCUUCUGCCCCAGCUGGACCCUGUGCCACUCCCCUGAUCACACAUGGUCUAUACCUCCAAAGCCUCAGAGUAAUUGCCUUCCACCCCCAAUGCUAGGAGUAGCUAGAAGAGAGAAGAAAAUACUCUUUGAGAAUGGCUCAAAGGACUACCUCCAGCAAGAUUCAUGCCCUAGCCCUCCCAGACUAGGACCUGCAACUUCCCCACCACUCUAGGGUGUUACAGAAAGAAAGAACAUGCCCGGAUCCUCCCAGUUUAUGGGCCUUAUGAAAACAUAAGAGGUGUUCGUGUUUGGACCCCUGUGUCAACACUGAAAAGGAGGAUCUGGGGAUGACAGAAUAAGGACAAGCCAUCUGCAGUGACCUACCCUGUGACAGAAGUUAGAAACACUCCCUGAAAUGAAGAUCCUUCCUGCAUCGGCUGGAGGGGGGAGUUGCUGUGGGAGGCAGAACCAGGAGGGGCUACAAGUACUGUUUUCCAAGCGGCUUCCUGUUGGCUCCUGUUGGCCAGGCUAAGGCCUGCCGGACAGGUGGCUGGCCCAUGACUCCGGCCCAUGCUGUGCUCACUGCACUUCAAGGAGCCUGCUUUUCCAUGACUUUCAAGAUGGGUGGAAAAAGGAAUCAACAACCCUGUGGAGAAUUGGCGCUGGCAGAAUGUUCCAUCCCUAGAGAGUUCAGAGAAGCCCACUUGGGAGUUCAAACUUCACCAAAAGGACCUUCUCAUCAGACCUGGCUGGGCUUCCCAGAGGCGCUCACCCCUGGUUUCUCAGGUUUAGGGGAGAGCCUGGCUAGGUGUAAGAACGUCCACCUUGGUCCCCUCAGCCACUUUUACUAACUACAACUGGGCCUGCAGCCCUCACUCCUCCUCUCUACACUCUGCAAGCUCUUUGGGAAACUGGAAGGAGGUUCACAGGCCUUGUCCAGAACACAGUGGAAGAGAACUAAAAAAACAGUUGAUAUGUUGCUUUUGGGAUGCGGAAAUACUGGGACCCUCGCACCCCUCUGCAUACGGUGCUGGGGUGGCCUGGCCUCUGCUGGGUGCUGCCUGCCUGAGCCUGGCUGCUCUGCACUUCCCACCACCUACAGCCCAGCUGGGCCCCUCCAGACUGCCUGGCCAGACUGGCAGGAGCCCCUCAUCUCAGGGAUCCCUAAAACAUGGCUGUCCAAUAUGGUGUUUUUCUGUGUUAAAUUUCACAAAUGACCUUUCAGAAUGAAAGGUAGGGUACUAAAGUGAUUUUUUUUCCUAUCUCUAAUUGAUUACUGUUUCCUCCUUUGAUUGGCAAGUGAGUGGUUAAGUGAAAGAUUUGCAAUUAUAUCUUAGAUUCUGGAAGGCCUUCUAGAUCUGAGAACCCCUUUCUUUGCUCUGGUAUUUCUGUGAUGUUAGGAGCCCCUCACUCUGUCCGAAUGUUUUGCAUCCCUGUUCCUGACACACAAAACCCCCCCACAGCUUUCCUGCCCACUUAGAUCAGCAUCCACAGUUCCCUACACAUUUCCUUACCGUGUCAAAUCAAGAUCACUAAGUCUUACUCAAACCUGUCUUUACCUUCCCUGAAACUCAC